AUGCUUUCUAUCGUGUGCAGGCAGCCCGUGCAGACGGCCAGACUAAUUUGCAAGUAUCAACAGCUUCCUGCAGAUUUAGAGCAAGGUCAGGAAAGUUUUCCUCUUCAAGAUUGGCAUCCACAGCAGGGUUCAAGCUUAGGUGAUACAUUUCCAGGUGAAUAUCAAGACUCUGAAACAGAUUUCACUUCAUCUUCCAGGCAGAAGUUACAUAUUGACACCAGCUUUUACUCGGAUACAGAUUCGGACUCGGACUCAGAACUUGUAUCGUCAAAUUUAGGUCCUGCAAACGGCACACGUGCAUCAUCAUCAUAUCUGCUAGACUUUGUUGAGUCAUAUCUCGAAAGUUACAUUUCAAGGCAUCUACUACCAGACUGGUCAGCCUCUUUCAAAUCUCAGGGCCACUACAGAAUGAAGUUUUCACACUCAUUGCAGUUUAACGCAGUUCCAGAAUGGUCCUCCAAGUAUAUAAACUACUCAGGCCUAAAGAAGAUCAUAUACACAGAGCAGCGAAUAUAUGCGGAGAAGUUGAACUCUGCGCACGAGCAGGGGCAGGCUGCAUUUACACCGGACAGCGAUCCGGAGAACCCGAUCAACGUGUUCCUCGAGGCUUUGAACAAAGAGUUGAGGAAAGUGGACAGUUUCUACACGGCCAAGGAGAAGGAUCUAUAUCUACAAUACAGAGUGCUCAUCGAGGAGUUCGACGACUUCGAGAGCGAGUUCCCGAAGGACGAGCCGGACGAUGGUGCAAGGAGGCAGGUCCGGACGUUUUUGAACUCUUUGAGACCUGAAGCAUACCGCGAUCAGGAAACGGGCAGAGGAGUAGUUGGAGGAGCCGAUUCGUCGAGGAAACCGAAACUGACGAAUCAGAAUGGCAAGAUAUGUGAUGCGGAGAACGUGCUACGCGACUCGACACCGUUAUCACAGCCAAUGCUUUCCUCAGACGCGUUUUGCAACUCGUCGGCCAACAUUGUCGGGGAAUCGGCAGCGGUUGCCGAGGAGGGAAGGCUUUCGCGGAAAAGAUCGCUGCCCACACUAUUUGACGAGGAGGAUUUCAAGCCGACGUUCUUGGAGGCGUUGAAAAUGGAGAAGAGGAAGCCGCUCUGCGAGCUUUUCGUGCAUUUGUCGGAAUUGAAGUCGUACAUCGAGCUCAACCGGAUCGGUUUCGGUAAGGCAUUGAAGAAGUUCGACAAGGUGAUGUUUGUGUCGAUCAAGGAGCAGUUUCUCUCGACUUUGGACCAGCAAUGCUACAUCUUCCGGGACUCGACGCUGUCGGAGCUCAACACGCACAUCGGCAACAUAGUGCGGCUUUAUUCGGUAUUCACGGCGGGCAACCUCGACAUCGCCAAGGACCAGCUGCGUUCGAAUCUCAGAGAGUACGUUUCUGGGAGCGGAACACCGUUUGGAGAGAUAUGA